UCAGCGAGGAGGGAGAGAUUUAUGUUUGUUCAUUGUGUCAUCGAAGUCCAAUUAAAUACAUUAUCCGUUACGUUAUCAAUUUAACGUAAUCAUAUUAUCAAUUGUUAAUUUACACUCUUUCGCACACGUGGUCAUUAACAUAUGAGCUUAGCAGAGCUCGCAGUGUCACGAACGCAGCUAGGUUCUGUUGUGAGUGUAUUUUUUUCACGGACUGAUGGAUAUGGCAGACUCGAAACCAAAUGACGAAUUGGACUGGGUGAAAAUACGUGAAGAUCUAGAUAGCGAUUAUAUUACCGAGACGUUUUUAGAGAAGGCGAAACGUAAAACGCGAGAAAAUCCGCUGGUACCAUUAGGAACGUUGGCGACUGUUGCAGCCUUAACUUAUGGACUCACGAGCUUUUAUAAGGGAAAAAGGGAAAUGCAACAGUACAUGAUGCGUACGCGUGUUGCUGCUCAAGCAUUUACUAUUGUCUGCAUAGUUGCAGGAUUUAUCCUGCUGCCCAAGUCAAAGUGAAAUUAUAAUAUGUUGAUUUGAUUCAACGCCAAGUUUCUACUAUAGUAGAUUAGGCUUGUCUAUGUUGUGUUGAUAUUGUAAAGAUAUUUUUACAUUAUAAAAAUGUAUCUAAUUGUCAUUACUGAUAAUAGUUGUAAACAGAUAUUUUCAUAAAAAAAAAUAUCCUCUUUAGUUUUUCAUAGAAAAAAGUAAUAUUGCAAUAAAUUGUAUUGAAAUCUACCUAAAUCGC